AUGAUAAAAUAUCCAUCUAGUAUAGUCAUUGGGGAUGCAAUUCAGCCAGUUUCUUCCAAUGAGUUUGAUUCCAGUUUCAAUUCUCAAACUUCUUUUGACAGCAAAUCGUACACCAAACUGAGACAGAAAUCAGUGUUUGCCAAAUUAGAACACUUUUACAACGUGGAUAACAUGAUAGAAAUUCUCUACCUUUUACCAGAACUUAAACAUAUUGAUUCAUUUCCUCCACACAUUCAUGUCAUUGUUGGUUCUACAUUGUUCAAACUGGGGAUGACUUUAGAAGGUCUUAGAGAAGUUGGUGUUGCCAUUGAUAUGGAAAGAGAUAGGCUGGUUAGGGCAGAUCAUAUCCUGUUGAUGGGGACUAUGCUUGCUCGUUUAGGAAAGAUGGAUGAUGCAAUGACUUGUUUUGGUGAUUAUUUUGAUGAUGUUCGGAAUUCAAACGGGGAUGUCGGUGAAAUAAAGCAAAAAGUUAGAGGGUUUCAAGAUGAAUUAGCCAGAAUUGGAGCCGGUUUAGAGUAUGUUAUCUUUUGUGAUUUACGUUUGAAGGUUUUUACUAACAUAAGUAGGAUUAUUCCUAGUUUUCCUUCCUUGGAACAGCAAAUAUUGAAUUUCAAAGAUGUCCAUAAAAUCUUUCCUAUGGGUUCUUUUACGUAUGAUUAUCUGCAUAUUGUCAAGAUUAUCAGUGAUGUCAAACAACGUUUGGAAACUUGGGAUUAUACCAAGAAGAAAGGAGACCAAUCCGACAAUAGUGUUAUUUUGUCAUUGCUGACUGCAAUUCUCAUUCUUGGUCGUGUAGAGAUUUAUUACUCAAUGUUGGCAAUAGAACCUCUAAUUCUUCGCCACAUUGAAGCUUUUGUCCCUCCAACACAACAACAUACCAGAACAUAUUCUCUAUUCAAGAAGAAGCCAGAACUUCCUACGAUUCCAUAUGAAGUCAAGAUUGCCCAACGGAAAACUGUGAUUGGAUUCCUUGCUUUAUUAAAUCAUGAUUAUUCUAGAGCAGUUCAAGAGUUCACCAAUUCUAUCGAGCUUUUAGAUCCUCAGGAUUCCAUGUGUGAUCAGGUUAAAUGCUGGUUAAUUCAAUGCAAGUGUAUGAUGGAGACAAAUCCUAAAAAUAGACUUGCUGCGAUUAUGGAUAUAUUUGAAGAUCGACCACACCCUAAGAUAUAUAUCGCUUUGGGGGACUGUUAUCGAGACCUUGCAGGUGAAGAAUCCACCUCAAUUACAAUCCUUGAACCAAACAAGAUCGUAAUUGGGAAACAAUUCUUGUGUCUGCAUCUCGAAGAAGCAAUUUUCAAUUACAUUAAUACAGUGGUACUGAUGCAGCAAGAUGAUCCAGCUGUAGCUAAGAUCUAUGAUUACAUUGUAUUAUAUCUAUUGUUACAUGGAGGUAUUCAAUAUCAUGCGUUUGCAUUCUUCCUCCAACUUAGAGACUAUUUUCAUGUCAUAUCACAGUAUAACCACCUUCACCUCUCUAACGAUGAUUCAACAUAUACAAAUUUUUUUGAGAUUGCUGACCAAUUUGUACAAGAUUCAAAGUUAUUAACAGGAGACUUCUGGAGACCAAAGGCAAUCAACCUUUUACCUCAGGUAUUUCUAGCUGAAGAUGACAAGUUGUUGGUUAUGAAAGGGAAAUAUGGUGUUGCUACUACUACCAAGUUCAAAACAGUGAAUCUGUUUUACAUUGUUCCAGUUGAUCAUGAACCUUUAAUAUCUUCGAUUGCACUCCUUGAAAGCAAAAUUUUAACUAGCCGCACAUUAGUUGAUCUUUUCUGGAGAGGUUAUAGUGGUGACUUGCCUUCGCACAUUCAGCAAUAUUACAUACAACAUUUAGCCUUCUAA